AUGCCUCGGGCUCAACCCGGGAUCGUGCGGGCAGGAGCUAGAGGCUGUCAAACCGAAGCUGUGGGCCAUGGAGCAGACCCAAGGGCCGGAGACGCCCGGGGAACGGGGGCCGCAGUGGCCCCGCAGCUGCUGAGCCCUGAGGCAGGUUGCCUGUGCCCCUGGACCCCCAUGGAGAAGGUGGAGUUGGACCACAGGUCCCUCUAUGCGGGCAAUGUGGACUACGGGGGCACAGCAGAGGAGCUGGGAGCCCACUUCAGCCCCCGCGAGUUCCGCCGGAUCACCAUCCUGUGUGCCAAGUUCUCCGGACACCCCAAGGGGUCACUAUGCAUAGAGUUGGACACCAAGAGCUCAGCCCAGGCCGCGGUGGGGCUGGAUGAGACCAUCGCCCCCCGCCGAGUCAUCAAGGUGCUGCCCAAAAGGACCAGUUUGCCGGGGAUCCGCUCCACGGACCGCGGGGGCUUCCGAGGACAGCCAGGCGCCGGAGGCGGGCUCUUCCCGCGCAGCGGCGUCCGGGGCGGGGCCGGCUUCAGAUCGCGAAGGCGGAACCGUGGGCGGGGCCCGAGGGGCGGUGGAAGCCCUUUCCGAGGUGUCCGCAGGGCAGAAGGGCGGGUGCGGUUUUGA